UUGCACUGUUUGUUUUUCUGUUCAUAUUGACUUCAGGAAUUCUUGUAAAUAUCUAUCAAGGUACUUUUAAGGCAACGUUCUCCGUCCGAAGGUCCUUCAGUCUAAUAGCUAGUCCACGCAGCUGAGGAUUAUCACGUGGAAACUCGUAUCUUCGAGUUUUCUUCACAAACGAUCAAGGUUAGAAAAUUGUACGGUCGGUUACGCGGAAAUAGUAGGGCCACCCUUUGCAGGCCACGCCGAUGAAGGUUAUCGCUUAGGUCGAAUUCGUCGCAGGAAUCAAAGAAUUUCAUAAACAAACCAAUUCCGCCAUUCGUCAGCCCACCUACCGAAUAAUCGCAAAUGACACUAAUUUUGACAGCGAAUCCUCCCGACGGAAAACAUAAGACUAUGAAAUGCUACUGAAACGUCGCGAAUCUCAGUGUUACCAAGUUCGUCUGACGGGAACCGAUUAAGUUACAAUAACGCGGAAGAACGGCAUGAAUGAUUUAUUAUAUCAUUGUCAUUUCACUCCAUCGUGAUUCUGGCGAGAAAAUCCGCAUAUUGCAAUCGGUUUCUGAACAAAUACCGUCGCAGAAUGUCAAUAUUUAAUGGAAUCCGAGUACGCAUGACUGUUUGUUGAAAUCACGAAUAAACAGCCGUACGAAUAAAACUGUGUUUGUUAAUAAUCAUACUUUUCAUCGGUACCGAUAGCUAGUAUAUCUCGGAUGUCCCUAGACAAUGAUAUUUAUAACAAAUAAGAUCCUCGAGAUACGUGUGCACACAUCUGGUAAAGAGUAUUUACAUGAUUUCGACUCUAGCCUUCCCGAUUUUGGCCCUAAACAACGGUUUUACCCUCGUAAUUUGCGAAAAUCUCGGCUGUCCGUGCGUUAGUUAUAGUCAACGAACGACGGAAGACACGCUACAGCACGUUAAUUACGUAAUUUGACGGUGGUUGCGAAGACGCAAUGAAAAUUUACUCGUUGAUGAAUGGAGCUUAAGAUUCGUGACAGUCUCCGCCUCCCACCGACGGUACCGACCAUCACCGGGAAACUCGAUGCUGUUGUUGACAUUUUAGACAGUGGAGACAUACUUCGAACAACAUUCAUGAACAAUUUUAUAAAGUUGUACGGUCUUUUUAAACAUACGCUGCAAUAAAAUCGUUUCAAUUCGCGAAACUCAUCUAAAUGAUGAGUUCUCCUGUAUCCAUAAGCAACACUGGGCCUAUAGCAGGUGCUUCUGGUAUGGAAACAGUGGUGGCUGUGGCCCUUGGUGCACUUGCUGCUGUUUUUCUUGGUGCACUGUUAGUGUUGCUUGUCCUUUGCAAAAGACAACGAUGUUAUUAUAAUCAGAAAGAUUCUCCAGACUUGAGUUCUGACUUGUUAGAGGGGGAGAACUUCUCUGGCUUAGGCUUGGACGCGUGGGAGAGUGAGGAAUGGUUGGCUGGUGCAGAGAGGUGGGUUGACGAUGCAACUGGGUUGGCUCCCUUGUGCAUUGCUGUGUUGCGAUCAUGUCAUGCACUGGCUUCUAGUCUCACUGCCAUUGCAGGGACAGUGAACAGUAACACGGUUCCACUUGAGAUCGUGGAUGUUGCCAGACGAAUUCCUCCUCGUGUGGAUGAUGUGGUGAGAAGCUUGUACCCUCCACUGGAUGCUAGACUCCUGGAAGCCAGGGUAGCAGCACUAGUGUUGGCUGUCACGCAUUUAGCGUUGGUUACCAAGCACGGAGUGUCGAAAAGCCAUGCUAGGAAAUUAGCAUUUAUUGAUCAAGCUUUGAGCGAUAUGGAUUCCCAUUUGUCGAUUUUACGAAAUGCCGCGUUAGCGCAGGAGGUGGCAUGCUCCGUGCCCGCCUCGACUCCCGUCUAAGUAGUUUUAACUUUUAACGAUAUUUUUCUAUCUCACGCGGUUUUGGGUCCAAAUAACUACGUUUUCCACGAAGAUCUGAGAUUUAUAAGUACACGUACGAGGUACAUACUACUAGAAAGAGAGAGAGAGAGAGAGAGAGAGAGAGAGAGAGAGAGAGAAAGAGAGUUGCAUUUCUAUACUUGUCUUUUAUUAUGUCAAGGUUCAAAACCUAACGGUGCAAGUUUCGAGUUACUCUACCGACAAUAUUCAGUGCUUUACAUUUCGUCUACUUAUAGUUAUUAUAAAAAUGCAUACAUUACUUUCACGAUGUAUUAAAAAAUAUUGUGAGAUAUACAUAUAUAUUUUAAACAUUUUUACGACGAAAGAACACCAGAGGUAAUGUCUUGUGAUAUGGAUAUAUUAAUGCGCAGAGAGAAUUUUUAGUCUUCCAGUUGUUUGCGACACUGUAUCAGAGUAUUUAUGUAUAUCCGAGAUAAACAAAUUCUAUCUCGCGGACCAUGUGUCAUCGUCAAUUCUAUUAAGUAUUUGUAAGUGUUUGUACACGUAUAUUUUGUACGGCUAUAUUGAGAAUCAAAUGAAUUUUUAUAGUUGAAUAGAACUUUAUAUAAUAAAGCUGAAUCGUAAGACAGAAAAAAAAAAUAGAAAAGAAAGACGAGCGGAGCAUUCGUAGUGUUUCAAUAAUAUUUAAACGUGUUUUAUUCUUGUAAUAUUCUGUAGUAAUCUAUAUAUAUAGAAAGAUUAUAUAUAUAGAUGUAUGUAUGUAUAUAUAUAUAUAUCCAAUUUAUA